AUGAUGGCACUUGCCGCUCCUCCGCUCAAUGAUCGCAAGCGCGUCAAGGUCUAUGAGCUUAAGAACAACGACUGGUAUGAUCGCGGCACUGGUUUUUGCGCCGGGCAGGUCUUGGCCAAUGACGAAGCGCGCAUAUAUGUACAGUCCGAAGACGAUGCGCAGCGCAUUCUGCUCGAAACGAGGAUCUCGCGCGACGACGGAUACCAGAGGCAACAGGACACACUGAUAGUAUGGACCGAACCAAGCGGCAUCGACAUGGCGCUGAGCUUCCAGGAGGCGGAUGGAUGCGCCCAGAUAUGGGAGUUUAUCACAGACAUACAGCAGCGUAUGCUCGCAAUGAACCCCAACGAAUACGACGGCCUGUCAGACGAGCUGGUAGAUGGACAGGGUCUGCUGUUGCCAAUGCCUGAGCUUGCAAACCUGCACCAGGUACAAGAGACAAUGCGCGCAGCUAGUCAGACAACUCAUGGCAGGGACGCCCUCGUGAAGUUCGUCAUGGCGCCCGAGACACAGUACCUGGCCAAGCUGUUACCGUUGGUCGAGCUCGCUGAGCACGUUGAGGACAUCCAGGCCCUUCACCGCCUGUGCACAAUUAUGAAGACGCUCAUCCUGCUCAACGACACUUCAAUUAUCGAACUGACCGUCUCGGACCAUGCAAUUCUCGGUGUCGUCGGCGCCCUCGAGUACGAUCCUGACUUUCCCAGUCACAAGGCUAACCAUCGCCAUUACCUGGCCGACGAGUCACGCUUCAAGGAGGUUGUUGCUAUUGACAACCCUGUCAUCAAGAACAAGAUCCACGCCACUUAUCGCUUGCAAUACCUCAAGGACGUUGUCUUGGCCCGUAUUCUCGACGACCCUACUUUUACAGUCCUCAAUUCACUCAUUUUCUACAACCAGGUCGACAUUGUUAACCACAUCCAGUCCAGCAAAGACUUCAUUCAGGAGCUUUUCACCAUCUUCACCACCACCGACUCGGAUGAUCAACGCAAGAAGGAUGCCGUGCACUUCAUUCAAACGUGCUGCUCUGUCGCCAAAAGCAUUCAGGCACAAUCACGGGCCCAUCUCUUCCAGAACUUCAUUCAUGGCGGCCUUCUUGAAGUUGUCACAUACGCUUUGCGCCAUCACCAGGCCUCUGUACGCGUUGCUGGCACCGAUAUCCUCGUUGCGCUAAUCGACCAUGAUCCUGUCAUGAUGCGCUCUCACAUUUUCCGCUCGAUCAAUCAAAAAACCAAACCACUCACGGACACACUGAUCGAGUUGUUGCUGGUUGAAGUCGAUCUAGGCGUGAAAGCCCAGAUGGCUGAUGCGAUCAAAGUCCUCUUGGAUCCUCAUGCCAGCUCAACUUCCAUGGACAUGUUAGGUAGAACCAACGGAGAUUUCAUGGCAAAGAUGAGGGGCGCAAAUCCCAAUUCCAGUGCUCAAAUGGAGAGUUUUGUCGAUAACUUCUACAACGAUGGUGCCAAGCGCCUAUUCCAACCUUUGAAAGACCUGGAGCACAACCAAAAUCUACAAACUAUAUCUGUACAGGAAGCCUCUCUCUUCGUCCAUUUGGUCGAAAUUCUAUGCUUCUUCAUUCGUCAACAUAAUUUCCGAAGUAGAUACUACAUCAUUGCUGAAAGCUUACAUUGUCGUGUGGCACAAUUGCUCUCUUGCCCCCAGAAGCAUUUGAAGCUAACGGCACUGAAGUGGUUCCGAACAUGUAUUGGUCUCAACGACGAAAGCCACAAUCGGAACAUGAUCGAAAACAGGAUACUCGACCCAAUUCUCGACAUUGUUUACCAGACGAUGCCCCGGGACAACCUUCUCAACUCGGCCUGCCUCGAAUUAUUUGAGUUCAUCAAGCGUGAAAACCUCAAACAACUCAUCGUACCGCUGGUCGAGGGCUACAGGGAAAAGCUGCUCGGCAUUACCUACGUCAACACUUUUGGAGCCCUAGUCCUCAAGUAUGAGCAAAUACAGAGCGGUUACAAUCCUGAAGACACAAGUUUUUCUACUCAAGGGGGCGAAACACCAAACCGAAGUCAUGUUGCAGGUGGCCAGCGUUGGCAAGGACUCAAAGACACAGACGCGGAAGAAGAAGCUUAUUUCAACGCCGCAUCAGACGAAGAGACCGAAGACGAGAAUGCAGCCUCACUACCCGAGACCGUAGUUGCGAAGACGCCCGAGGGCGGCCCCCCUAUGCGGCCUCUCGUAUCUUAUCCAGAGGAUGAGGAUGAGGACACGAUGGAGAUGCUUGCAGCAUCACCAAGCACGCCUGCCGAAAAGAAAGAGCCAGUCAUCGAAUCAUCAACACCGGAAAAACCGGGAUCCCCGCCGUCGAUCGUGCCUGAGAAGAGAAGACGUGAAGAUGACGACGAUGAUGACCUGGAAAAGUUGGCGGGUGCGGUUCCAGCCAAACGACGCAGCUCUGUUAGUAGCAUAAGCAGUGUGCGCAGCGACAUGUCGGCUGCCAACUUGGAUUCACCCACCAGCUCUCAACAACAGAACGGAGCAAGCAUGCCUACGCUUAGGAGGAAAGGGAGUUUACGCAGCAAGGACGAAAAAGGAAUAAGCAUUGGACCCAUCUCGCUGUCUCUGUCAGGAAAGACGAGCAACGAGGAAGGAGGCGGAUAA